UUUUUUCAGACUUGCAUGCCUGGUGUGAAACGUAACGCAGUUCAUUUCUCUCCAGUGCAAUUUGACAGCCAAAAGCAAAAAAUGUCUUCUUCUGACACCUUUACCCAACUUGCUAAUCAAUUAGCAGCAAUUGGUAAACAAAUGGAAAGCAACAGUGGAACCGAUAAUACGACAACAAUGCAGCAAAUGUUUCAAUUUUGCACCACAUUAUUGACUCAAAUGGCUCAACAACAAAAUUUAAUUAUGGAACAACAACAAACGAUUCAAAAACUUCAAAUGCGUGACACUCUCCUGGAACUCAUUGAAGAUGAAAAACAACAAAAAUCAGUCGUCAUCACCAAUCUACCCGAAAGUAAUUGUGAACAUGCUAAGGAUCGUGUGGCAGAGGAUUUUGAACAAGUCAAAGAAAUUCUUGAUUUAUGCGAUGUGGAGUGUAAACCAAGUCAAGUGUACAGAAUGGGAACAAUUGCUGGAAGGCCGCGACUUUUGAAAGUGGAAUUACCAACGAGGUUUUUUGCAAGAAAAUUUUUAUUAAAUAAAUCAAAAUUGAAAAAUUCGAAAUUUAAUAAUUUAUUUGUUCGUAAAUCUUUGUCUAAGGCUCAGCGAGCCGAACGGUCUAGGCUUAUUGAAAUUUGUAAAACUUUGCAUUCCCAAAAUCCCAAAUCCGAUCAUGUUAUUUAUGCUGACCAUGUCCUGUCCGCUAAGGACAUCCCUUUAUUUAAAUCAAACCCCAAUAAUUUUAAAUGUGUUUGCCACAAUGCAUAA